AUGCGCUCCCCACACAGAAAUUACAUCCAGCAAUGCCUCAGCCUUGCAGAAAAGUCGCCCCCCCGUCCGACAAACUUCCGAGUCGGUGCCGUUCUCGUGUCGCGCAAAGAAGGUGACCUCUGGGCGGAGGACGACCGCAUCCUUUCCACGGGCUACACCAUGGAGCUAGCAGGCAACACGCAUGCCGAGCAAUGCUGUCUAGCGAACUAUGCCGCAGUCCAUUUGGUCCCAGAUGACCGCGUAUACCAAGUCUUGCCUUCAGAACCGGACCGAAAACUAGUGAUGUAUGUGACUAUGGAGCCAUGCGGGAAACGACUAUCGGGGAACACCCCCUGUGUACAAAGGAUUAUCAACACGAAGGAGGGGGGUCGCAAGGGGAUCCAGAAGGUCUAUUUCGGAGUGAAAGAGCCCGGGACAUUCGUGGGACAGUCGGAAGGGUGCCAGAUGUUGACGGCGGCGGGGAUUGAGUGGCAGGUCGUAUAUGGAUUCGAGAGGGAAAUCCUCCAAGUGGCCGUAGCUGGGCAUGAGAAUCGCGAGGAAGAGGUCAAGUCUGCACUGGAUCAGGUCGAUACAAAACUGGAUGACAUCAGCGACGAGGAGCGGGAAAGGCAGAAGCAGAUACCCCGGAAUCCGAAGAAGCGCAUGAUGGAGGUCAAUCUCACAGGUUGA